GUGGCGCGAGGGCGGCGGCGUGGGAGGACUCGCAGACUUUGAUCUCUUUGGUGACUGGGCAGCCAGCCAUGGGAAUAGACACGCUUAUGCCGGCCGAUCGGACGAACUGCAGGCGGCGGCGAGGGCGUCGACGUGCCGUGCAGCGGAAUGGCAUGUCAUUGCCUGCUUGCUUGCUACAGCUGCUGAUCUCCACGCUCCAUUUCCCACAUUGCUCUUGGUCGACAGGCAGACCCCCUGGACAACGCCGUUGUUACCCGUGGCCGGCCGACUCCCGAAUCGCACUACCAGGGCGUGAUGGAGCCUUUGAGCGUGAGACCAUCGCGUCUCCAUCGGCCAACCCGCAACGAGCGAAGCCAAGGAGAGGGUCUCGAGCGAGGCCUUUGUGUGUGUAUGACUGUGUGUACGUGCGAGUCUGUCCAGCCGCCAGCGCGGUCCACUGCUCGAGAUUUUUCCAACCAUGGCCACCGUUACCGGUCGCGAUGAGUCGACGCGGAGUGGAACCUGUUGGGUAAGAGAAGGCCCGUAUUGUAUUUAAUCAUGCCAUGAGCUUUUCGUUCGGGACCGCACCUCUCCUGUUGUCCCCCCAGGUUUUCGUUUGCACAUGCGUCCGGUGAUUUCUGGAGAAGCGAAUCAACAGGCUUCCUUCGUCCCCUCAAUUUUUUGAGUGUGCUCAUUGCUUCUGGCCACGGUCGACGAGACUUGUCGCUCUAGUCCGUGAACGAAGCGUACCCCGUGCCGACUUCGAAUUACCAAGCCAAACAUAGCCAUCACCAUGUUCGGCUCCAAGGAAAAGACUCCUCAGACGAGUGAGGGCGAGGUUACUCCCACCAAUGCCUCCAAGACCGAUUUGGAGAAUGGCGAGACGGGUGGUCUUCAGCGAGACCUCAACAGUCGUCACCUGCAGUUCAUUGCCAUCGGCGGUACUAUCGGUACUGGUCUCUUCCUCGGUAGCGGUAAGGCCAUCGCGACAUCCGGCCCUGUCGGUUGCCUGAUCGCCUUCAUCUUCAUCGGCUCCAUCGUCUACUCCGUCAUGACGGCGCUUUGCGAGAUGGCCACCUACAUUCCCGUCCCCGGUGCCUUCACCUCCUAUGCCUCCCGAUUCAUCGACCCCACUCUCGGCUUCGCCAUGGGCUGGAUGUACUGGUUCAGCUGGUCCAUCACCUUCGCUCUCGAGUUGACUGCUGCUGGUGUCAUUAUCCAAUACUGGAACGACAGCUUGAGCAUUGCCAUCUUCAUCAGUGUCUUCUGGGUCGUCUUCACUGCCCUCAACUUCAUGCCCAUUCGCAUCUUUGGUGAAGUUGAGAUGUGGUUCGCCAGUAUCAAGGUCGUUACCAUUGUCGGCUUCAUCAUCUUUGCCAUUUGCAUCAACGCCGGCGUCGGCCAGCAGGGGUACCUGGGCUUCAAGUACUGGGUGAGCCCGGGUGCGUUCAACGAGUCCAUUGUUGAGGGUUCCGUUGGCAAGUUCAUCGGUUUCUGGUCCGUCCUGAUCACCGCCGGCUUCAGUUUCCAGGGCUCCGAGUUGGUUGGUAUUGGUGCUGGUGAGACCAAGAACCCCGAGAAGAGCGUCCCCAGUGCCGUCCGCUGGACCUUCUGGGGUAUCUUCAGCUUGUUCGUGGCGACCAUCUUCUUCGUUGGCAUCAUUGUGCCGUCCGACAACCCAUCGCUUCUGCUCGAUUCUCAGGAUGCGUCAGCGUCUCCCUUGGUUAUCGCUGCCAACUUGGCUGGUGUCAAGGUUCUCCCCGACAUCAUCAACGCCGUGCUCCUGACCGCCGUUCUCUCCGCCGCCAACUCCAAUGUCUACUCUGGCUCCCGCAUUCUCGUCUCGCUCGCCAACGAGAGAUGCGCUCCUCAGUUCAUGACCUACACCAACAGAUUUGGAACUCCCUACUUCGCAGUUGCCACUACAUCUGCCGUCGGUCUGCUCGCGUACAUGAACCUGUCGUCCAACGGCGGUGUUGUCUUCGACUGGCUUUUGAACGUUACGGCCGUCGCUGGCUUUAUCAGCUGGUCGUGCAUUAACAUCUGCCAUCUGCGCUUCAUGGCCGCCCUCAAGGCCCAGAACAUCCCACGUAGCAGCCUGCCUUACCUUGCGCCGCUUCAGCCUUACCUUUCUUGGUACGGUCUCUUCUUCAACGUCCUUAUCAUUCUGACAAACGGAUUCGCCGUCUUCAUCGAGUGGAGCACCAGUGACUUCUUCACUGCGUACGUCAGUGUCCUCCUGUUUAUCGUCCUUUUGGUCGGUCACAAGAUCUUCAACCGCACGAUGCCCCUCAAGGCCAUCGAUGCCGAUGUCACGAGUGGCACUCUGCGAUCGCAACCAUGAAAAUGACGGAGGACGAUGUGAAUGAGCAAGGACGGAGAUCAAAAAGUAAUCUGAUUUAACAUUAGUAGAAUUGUUGUAAUGAUGAUACCCAUGAGUUCAACAAAUGCAGCCUAGAGACAAUUCCAAGUGACUGAUGAGUAGCUCCGUUCCCAGAAGAUCACCGACCAAGAGGAAGCCGGCGUGACUUUGGAGGACGCCAGCUAGAUCAAGAAACGAUGCUGUAGAGACCAACAGCACCGCCAAGGCCGAUGGCAAUGCCUCUUCCCAGAUUGUACAGGCCCCAUUGGUCCACGAGAGAUUUGGCGCCCUCCUCCUCUUCUUGGGUCAGACCAAUGGCCAUGAUGCCCAUAUGCUUGGCUUCCUCGGCCUUCUUGAAUAGCUUCUUGUUGAUGCUGACCAUGAAUAAGCUGGUCCAGGGGACCAUUGAAAAGCAAAGAGCACCGGCAGCGGCCAGUAGCUUCGAUUUGCUGGGGAGGUGGCGCACGGCAUAGGCCAUGUACCAGUAGCUCAAUGCGCAGAAGAGGGUCGGUAGCGGGAAGACCCGACUGGUCCGCUUGAACAUGUUGGACCACUGUCGUAGCAUGAGGGGCGUGGGCGACUCAAGGAGGCGGGGUACGACAAAGAAGGAGAGGCCCAAGUUCAGGCCGGCGAGGGUUGUGUUGAGGAAGACGGUCGACGUCUGGAUGUUGCGGAGCGGGUUGGGUUGGGAAGACAUGGUGAAAUUAUUGUCUUUGUAUGUAGCUCACUCCGAGUCGGUUCGAGAUAUUGGCGAUAACGAUGCUGAUGAGGUUGAAGAGGAGAAGAUGACAUGAGGAUGUUGAGGAGGCUGAGAGCGACAAGGAUGGCAAGUUACCUAUGCUUGAGCUUGAGGUCAGACCUGGAGGCAGGAGCAAAGUCCGGUCCUGCAGCGCGGGACGCGGGAAGCGGCGGGGUUCUUGCCAAGUGGGGGCAAACAGUUCACUGGCUGCAGGUGGCAGGUGCAUGUCACUCUGUGGGGAAGACCGAACCUUCCUCCCCACUAAUUAGGUACCUUAUCCCAUAAGGGUACGUACCUCGUCGAC